GGGCAGCAGGCCAAAACAAACAACACUUCAUUACAAAGAACACGGCCAAGCUGGACCGGGAAACAGAGGAGCUGCACCAUGACAGAGUUCCCCUGGAAGUGGGCAAAGUGAUCCAGCAAGGCCGACAGAGCAAGGGCAUGACACAGAAAGACUUGGCCACCAAAAUCAAUGAAAAGCCACAAGUUAUUGCUGACUACGAGUCGGGCAGAGCAAUCCCCAAUAACCAGGUGAUGGGCAAGAUCGAGAGAGCCAUUGGCCUUAAGCUGCGUGGGAAGGAUAUUGGCAAACCCCUGGAAACCGGCCCCAAAGGGAAAUGACAACAAAGCCUCGAAAUCAGUUUGUUCAGACUGAUCUCCUCUGGCUGGUUCUCAACCACCAGAAUCUCUCUUUGUAUUGCCAAGCUGAACAAGAGGGUUUCAGACUUGCUUUGGGGGGGAAAUCUGCUGAAUCUGUACCUGCUGUAAAAAGGCAACCUUAAAGAAGCGAUUUUCCUG